UCUGUGCUGCUGGAGUUUUAGUAAAGAGAGAUUAUGCAAAAUACGAAGCGUCCUGUCAUGUUAUAAAAUUAUAUUAUGACUAAUAUUAUCACAGCUGACUGCAGUGUUCAAGCCAUGUCUAUAGUGGGUGACAGGAGAGUCUACACCGUGUCUGGCGACUGUGCCAUUUUUUGUAAUGGACCAUGAAACAGAAGUAUUUGAUUGGGUUCACUUGUAAACAAUAGGCAGCAUUUACUUCUAAUCAGAGAAUUAUGGAAAUGAGAAGGCUGGAUCUGUUUGAAAAAAAUGUGGCUAGAUGAAAACAAGAGCCUAGUAAGGAAGGAUUAUUAGAUCAUUUCACAUUCCAGUGCUGAGGGAUUGAGCUCUGUUGGAUAGUUUAAGCAAAAUGAAUCAAAAGUAUGAUUUGCUUAACCAAGGCGAGGAUAAUGAAAUGGAUAUGUUUGGGUACAAAACAGUAAGAUGGAGACAAAUUUUGUGUAUUUUUGGAUAUAUAUUUACCCUUGGUUUACUUCGCCUCUUUUUCUACUGGAAGCCAGAAAUGGAAGUUUGGUGUUGCUGUUCCCCCUGCAGUUUAGAGGAAGCUAAUAUUAUAAUGCUCAGAACCACAAAUGAACUUAAACAGUGCUUUAAAAAGAAUGUGAUAGUGGUUCAUCCAUGUGUGAAGUCUGGAAAGCCCGUUCAUGACAUCAUCACUGAUCAAAACUCCAUUAUAGGCAAAUCUAUUAUGAGACCACGUGGCAAGGUGCGCUUUAUAACCGUGCAAAAAGUUCGUUAUGUUUGGGACACCUCUGACAACACCUUUAAAAAAGUUGGGAUUCUGGAUGAAAGCCUCUCCUGCUCUGAUUUGCACACGAAAUUUGGAUUAGGUUUAACAGAUGAAGAACAGGAAAUCAGAAGGCAAAUCUGUGGAUUAAACAAAAUUGAAGUGGAAGUUAUUCCAAUUUGGAAACUAUUCAUCAAAGAGGUCUUCAAUCCAUUUUAUGUAUUUCAAUCAUACUCAAUGAGUUUAUGGAUGGCUAAUGGCUACUUUGAAUACACCAUGGCAAUACUACUCAUGACUGUUAUAUCUAUUAUUGCAACAAUAUAUAAUCUGAGAGUGCAAUCAAUCAAAUUACACAAAAUGGCAGCCUCAUACAACAGCAUCAUGGUAACCAUGCUUCAAAAAAGUGGAGAACCUAAAGAAGUGGAAUCUCAGUCCUUGGUCCCAGGAGAUGUGAUCAUAUUAGCUAAAAACAAACUUUUUUUACCUUGUGAUGCCAUACUAAUCAGUGGUGGAUGCACUGUCAAUGAAGGCAUGCUAACAGGAGAAAGUAUUCCAGUGACAAAGACUCCACUCCCACAACUAGACAACUGUGCUCCAUGGAAAAAAUAUAGCGGUGAUGACUACAAGAGGCAUAUCUUAUUCUGUGGAACCCAAGUUAUUCAGACAAAGUCACAUGGCCAGGAUUUAGUUAAAGCUGUGGUGCUACAGACUGGUUUCAACACAGCAAAAGGUGACCUUGUGAGAGCCAUUUUGUAUAACAAGCCAAUAAAUGUUAAACUGCACAAGCAAGCUAUUAGGUUUCUAAUUGGGCUCGUGGUAAUUUCAAUGACUGCAGUUGUCUACACAGCAGUUAUCUAUACAGUACAUCAGGCACCUGUGCAUGAGGUUGUGAUGAUGUCAUUACUGAUGGUCACAGCAUCGAUGAAUGCAGCUCUGCCUGCUGCUCUGACACUAGGCCUUCUGUAUGCUCAGACAAGGCUGAAGAAAAAGGGAAUUUUUUGUAUCAGCCCUCAGAGGAUCAACGUGGCUGGCCAAUUGAAUCUUGCCUGUUUUGACAAGACAGGUACUCUGACAGAAGAUGUAUUAGAUUUAUAUGGUAUGCUUCCAUCAAAAGGGGGCUGUUUUCAGGAUAUGUAUUAUUUUUCUUCUGAAAAUAAUCUUCCUUGGAACCAUGUGCUUGGGGCAAUGGCAACCUGUCAUUCAUUGAUCAUAAUGGAUGGUGAAAAAUAUGGAGAUCCAUUAGAUGUGAAGAUGUUCGAAGGGACUGGAUGGGAGCUCGAAGACCCUACAAAAGGCAAUCAGAAAGGUGGGACGACAGUUAGACCAGGAUGCAAAGCUCAGAAGGUCCCCGUUGAGGGAAUCUCCAUUCUGCAUCAAUUCCCAUUCUCCUCCACUUUACAGCGUAUGUCUGUUGUGACACAGGUCAUAGGGGAAGAGAGCCUCACAGUUUAUUUAAAAGGAGCUCCAGAGAUGGUUAUCCGCUACUGUAAACCUGAAACUGUUCCCCAGCGUUUUUCAGAAACACUUGAUAUCUAUACAAUGCAAGGUUUUCGAGUUAUUGGACUGGCAUAUCGAUCAUUGGAAAUUGGACUACUUCCACAACUAGAACAAUUAGGCAGGGAGGCAGUGGAAUCAGAGCUUACAUUUCUAGGAUUUUUGAUCAUGGAAAAUCGCCUAAAGCCUGAGACAAAUGCAGUGUUGAAGGAGCUCAUUGAUGCAAAUAUAAGAACUGUGAUGGUUACAGGUGACAAUCUACAAACAGCAAUGACAGUUGGGAAGAAUUGUGGUAUGAUUUCCAGUGACAGCCAGAUUAUAUUGAUAGACGCCAAUGAAAGCACAAAAGAUAUGCCUGCGUCAAUUACAUGGAAGGCUAUUCAUGACACCCAGCUAAAUGGACAUCAGUCAAAAGAAACACAUGUUGAUUGUACAAAUGGUUUAAUAUACAACCCAACAUUACGUGGAAAAUAUCACUUUGUAAUGAGCGGAAAAUCCUAUGAAAUUAUAAUGCAGCAUUUUUACGAUAUUUUACCUAAGAUCUUGCUGAAUGGUACAAUUUUUGCUAGAAUGACUCCACGGCAAAAAUCAACUCUUAUUGAAGAAUUUCAAAAAUUAGACUUCUAUGUUGGAAUGUGUGGAGAUGGAGCAAAUGAUUGUGGGGCACUUAAGGUGGCUCAUGCUGGGAUUUCAUUGUCGGAACUGGAAGCAUCUGUUGCAUCCCCAUUUACUUCAAGAAUUCCAAAUAUUGAAUGUGUUCCCAUGCUAAUCAAGGAAGGACGGAGUGCUCUUGUUACCUCUUUCUCCAUGUUUAAAUUCUUGACGAUGUACAAUUUGAUUGGAAUCUACUGCAUAGUGCUCAUGUUUUGGAAACAAAAACUUCUUGGCAACUUCCAGUAUCUCAUGCAAGAUUUGGCUAUCAACAUUGCAAUUUCAUUAACAUUGGGUUUAACUCUUCCAGCUCCAAAGCUGGCUCCGUAUAGACCGUCAGGGCAACUUUUAUCACCUCCUUUGCUACUCUCUAUUUUUGUGCACAGCCUUUUCAGUAUUAUCGCACAGACAACUGUGUUCACAUCACUUCUGUACCAGCCAUGGUACAAUGAAACUCAUGUCUUUGGUGCAUGUCUUUCAUUAAAUGACAGCACAGCAAAAAGUAUAUCCAGAGAACCUGCAUUUGCAGAGAACUUUUUGACUGCUACAAUGUUUCCCGUAACAGGAUUUAACCUUAUCAUAGUUGGAUAUGUGUUCACCAAAGGAAAACCAUUCCGACAACCCAUGUAUACUAACUACCUUCUUUCACUUGCGUUUCUUCUGCAAGUUGUGUCCUAUAUAUUUAUGCUUUUUGCAGACAUUGAAGCUGUCUACAUUUCUAUGGAGAUUGUGUGCACACCAUAUGAUUGGAGAAUUUUCAUCUUUAUCACCAUGCUCAUACUUUUUAUUGUUUCCUAUACUGUAGAGGAUUGGUUCUUUGAAAAUAGAAAACUUUGGUUAUGGAUAAAGAGAAAGUUCAACUACAAAACAAAAAGUCAAUACAGGAAGCUCCAAAGAAUUUUAGAGAAGGACCAAGACUGGCCUCCACUGAACAUGACUGUCUAUGCCACCAAGUCUAUCUCUGCUAUGGACAGCAAGAUGACUGUUUACAGUAACUCAAUUCAUCAUAUUCCAAUGGAUGAUAAGAAAGCACCUCUCCAAGAAGAGACACAUGUGUAGCCAACAAUAUAAAUUAGACUACUACAAUUUUAUGCAAUAUUACAAUAGCUAGAGAUUAUACCAAGUUAUAUUGAAUUACUGUAUUGUACUGGAAAUAUUAGCUCUAUAUUAUGCCAUUCUAAAUUUCUAAAAUGUCUUGUCAUUAAAGUAUUAGCAAAUUUUAUUAUAAACUGCAGGUAAA